AUGGAGGACAACGGUCCAUCGAGGGAGAAUCAGACAUGGACUGAAGCACAAAUGGACUAUUUAGUGCAGCUUCUUGUGGAGCAAUCACGCAUUAUGGGUAUGAAAUCUGGUGGAGGUUUAAAGUCUAAAGCAUAUACAACAAUUGAAAAAAGUAUGAUGGAAAGAUUCGGUCCAGAUUUCAGUAAAGACAAAAUAAAAAACAAGUUGAAGUACUCAAAACCUAACUUAACAAUCAUGAAAGAAAUUAUGAAUACAAGCGGGUUUGGGUAUGAUCCAAUCAACAAAUGUAUUGAAGUCGAUCCCCAAGUAUGGAGUGACUACAUUGAGAAAUAUCCGAAUAGGAAAAAGUACAGAGAUCCCAAGUUAUGGAGAUACUUUGACGAGUUCGCCGAGGUCUUUGGUGAUUCUCAUGCCACUGGAAAACAGUCAGACACAUUAAAUAACUUCAUAUAUGAGGAUGUUGAACGAGUACCACAUACACCUGCAUCUCAAUCCACUCCAAUGUACAUGAAUCCUGAAUCUUCACAAUCCUUUACACAAAUGCUUCAUUAA